AUGGUCGUCGUUAAGGAUUACACCGUCCAUAUCAACCAGAGGCUCGGCAAGGGGUCGUAUGGGACCGUCUAUCGCGGAUCCAAGAACGGCAAGACGUAUGCGCUCAAGAAGACCACGAUGGAGAAACCCGGGGAGCUCUCUGCCACGCUCAUCAGGGAGAUUGCCAUUCUCAAGCGCCUUGCGGGCCACCCUAACAUUGUGCAGCUGGAGGAGUUCUUCUUUGCUGACAACCUCAAGUUCACUUGGCUGGUCUUUGAGGAAUACAAGACCACGCUGGACGCCCUCAUCAAGAGCAAGGACGACGGGCUCUCCAUGGACGAGACCUUCAAGUUCUCGUCCAAUCUUAUCGACGGACUCGUUUAUAUGGAGGAACAAGGGUGUAUUCACCGGGAUCUGAAGCCGGGCAACAUUCUCGUUCACGCGGACGGGCACUGUGUCAUUGCCGACUUUGGACUCGCCCGCAUGGAUCGCACCCUCUACAACGUCAAGCAGGACACAUCCGUCGUGACGCUCUGGUACCGCGCACCCGAGAUUCUGCUGGGGUGUAUCGAUUAUACUCUGCAGGCGGAUAUGUGGAGUCUGGGAUGUAUUGUCUUUGAAAUGUUCUUUGGGCAGCCUCUCAUAUCCACCAAGACAGGCCACGAACAACUCAGCGUCAUCUUGACCAUCAUCGGCUCGGUCCCGCUCAAGACCUACAGUCUCAAGAUCCCCACCAAGACCAGCGACCCGAACAGCGCAGCCUGGUAUAUGCACCUCGAGGGCAAACCCAAUGGCAUGUAUCACCAUCUGCGCAACGUCUUUGUCAAGGAGGAACAGCGGCACUGGGUCUGCAAGAUGCUCGAGCUGGAUCCAGCUCAGCGAGCAAGGCCAAGGGAAUCAAAGGAUGAAUUGCUGGCCCUGAUGCGCGCACAGCUCCUCUGA